CGUAUUUUGGCGCUACAGCUGCGGUCACACUGGUCGUGUGUCGCACAAAAAAUAAAAGAAAAGGCAGAAGCAGCCAAAGCAACAAUAAUAAAAAUAAACAGCCGACCCGAUAACUGAGCACAAAAAUAAGGCGUACGUAAUAUAGACGAGCAGGCAAACAAGGCGGCUGUGCGGGACGGAGAUCCUUCUUACCGGAGCGGAGGGGAGUGGAGCUGAGCGUGACAAUGGGCGCCUGUGUAUGUCGCAUGAAUCCCGACAAUGAGACGAUGAGCGUCUCCUCGGCGAGCAUCUCGCGUCCGGCCAGCGCAGGCAUUGCGAUGGGCGCUGCGCGCAAGAACCGACCGCUCUGCCAUGAGACCAUCCGGUGGCGAUCUGACGUACCACUGACUGAGGGUCAAUUGAGGUCCAAGCGGGAUGAGUUCUGGGACACUGCGCCGGCCUUCGACGGCCGAAAAGAGAUCUGGGAUGCACUUCGGGCGGCCACGAACGCGGCCGAGGGCCUUGACUUCCAGAUGGCGCAGGCUAUCCUCGACGGAGCCAAUGUCUCAGUUCCAAAUGGCUACCUAACAGAAUGCUACGAUGAGUUGGGCACCCAGUACAAGGUGCCCAUUUACUGUCUGUCAUAUCCCAUAAAUAUAGUAAAAGAGGAGAAUGGACGUGACUCUCCUGCCGAAUACUCUGAGCCAGUGGAUGGCGGAACCGAGAUCUUUUUGAAGCUGCGCAUAUCAUCGACCAUGACUGAUGUUAAACUUCCGGUUUACUCAAAGGACACCGUGGGGCAGUGCAAAAAGAAGCUUCAGGCCGCUGAGGCUGUCGACGCCUGCUGUCAGCGGUGGUUCUACAGCGGCAAGCUGCUGGGUGACAAGGUGCCCAUUGAUGAGUGUAGCAUACACCAGGGCUACGUGGUGCAGGUUAUUGUAAACACGGAGCAUUACAACCACGACAACAGCACGAGUACGGCACACGCCAGCUAGCGGCGCAGCCAACACCCACUAGUCAACAGCAAUAGCAAAAGCAAGGUGCCACGACAGCAGCCGCAGGAUCAGCAGCAACAACAACUUGUGGCCAAAGCCGUCAGCGGCAUUCGACAGAGGAGGAAUGUCAUAUACUCAGUUCGCAGCACAAGAAUCCUUAGGAAUGUACAGAAAACACCGGAGCAUCAGCUGAUACAACAGCAACAGCAUACUCAUUGCAUUUAUCAAAAUAAGCAACAAUUUAAAAUUGUUGCUCUGUCUGCCUUGUUGCUGUUGCUGUUGUUGUGGCUGCUCGCCUUGUUAUGCUUUGUUUAAUAUAUCUAUAUAUAAAAUACGAAACAAAAGAUCGAAACGGAGUGCUGAGGAGGGAAAUCGGAAUGGGAAAUGAUUAUAAGAUACAUAAAUUAUAAACUUACAUAUAUUUUUUUGAUAAUAAUUAUCUGAUAAUAAUGCAACUGAUUUAGGCAGUAUAGAAGGCUAUAUUGAGUAUAGUAACCGAGAUCUUCUCGGGCAUUCGUCUACUGAAAUACUGAAAAAUAUGUACAUUUUUAUAAAAACCAACAUGAAGGGCCUCUAUUAACUAAUUGUAAGCAAGUGUUAGAGCAUUUGCCUAAUGUAUAUGUAAUGUAAAAAUAAACAAGAACUGUAGUAUUUGGCCGCAAUAGAAAGCAUGCAACAAACCAUUUUUGAUACUGUACAAAAUGCCAAGCACAACAUUUUGAGAAUGAACAUAAUGGAGAGAAAACACAAAUUGUUAAGCAAAAUACUUGCUCAAAUGUAGUUAACACGAAUGAAGGGAACACAUCGCGAGAGGAGAGAUGGAGCGAAUGCGAGGUAGGGAGUCGGCAGAGUUAACCCAAGUACCUUAUAAAUGUAUAUGAUUUAGUUUGCCUUUAGAGUCAAUAAUUUAUUCUCAAGCACAUUAUCUUCUUGUAUGAUCUUUUCAAUAAAUUCGCUAUUGUUGAAAGGCUGUUUUAAGUGCGCCAAACAACCAAAAGGCAUUUAUUAAAAAAAACUAAA